GUGAUGGCAUUGGGAGCUGGGGCCUUUGGUGGUUAGGGGGUGAGAGCACAGCCCCCGUGGGAUGCUUGCCCUGAUAAAAGCAGCCGUGCGAGGACACAGCAAGAAGCUGCCAUCAAUGAACCAGCAAGUAGAUCCUCACCAGACACCACAUCUACUGGGGCCAUGAUCUUGGACUUCCCAGCUUCCAGAGAAAUAAAUGUGAGAAAUAAAUAUUUGUUGGGUAUAAGCCACCCAGUCUAUGGUAUUUUUGUUACAGCCGCUCAGAUGGACUAAGGCACCAUGUUUCCUUACUUCCUACCAAGUGAUCUUAACCUGGCGGUAAAGAUACAGUAAUACUAUUGUGAUUCCCAGGAGAAAAAGGAACUUGGCUAAACUACCACUUUGGAGCAAACAGAAGCAGAUGGACCAGCCUUUUGUGGUCUGAAGGCACUUGAGGCCAGAAACCCUCGUUUUUAUGGUGCCUCAAUCAGACAGCCCUAGAAUUUAGAUCCCGGGACUGGAAUAAGAUCAGGGAUUCUGGUUGACUUAGCCUGCCUCAGCUGCUGCUUGGGUGGGUACCAUGGUGAGGAUGGCCUGCCAGCGGAGCACUCCUGGUUGUCUCAGUUUACAGAGCUGGUGACGGGCAAGGGACCGAGUGUGAGCAGCACUGCAUCCUCCCAGUGCCUCUGGCCCCUCUGGAGGCCGAGGGCAGGGUCAGCCCCACGAUCCAACCACCCUUCCGUGUGCCAGAGAAGACUAGCCAUCUGGACUCUUCUGGUCUGGGGACCGGCCCUGCUCACUGCUGACUGUUCUAAGCCGGCGAAGGACACUCGUUGCUUCCAGAGCAAUGUUCAUGCCCCAGCCAGCUUCUCGCUCACUUGAGUCCGCUGUCGCUUCUAGCGCAAGCCCCAGAGACACGCCCCUCGGGGUCCCGCCACCCGCUGGACUCGAAGCCGCCACCGUCAUUGCUCUACAAUCAGUGCAUGCUCCUCGCUGACGUCAGUCGGAGCUGUCCUGGAGCUAUAUAAGGCUGGCGGCGGUCCCGGGACAGACCCCGUGUUUCCCAAGGCGUCCUCAGCCCGCCCCGAGGGACAGACUGGACCUCCCUCCUGCCCUGUGCAGACGCUCUCUGGCAACCUGGCUGGUGGCACCAUGAGGCUGGCGGGACGUGCGGCGUUGCUGGCGGCGCUGCUGCUCCUGGCACAUCUGCGCCCGGGGAGCAGCCAGUGGAGCCCGGAGCAGGAGGCGGCGGCCGGGGUCCAGGACCCGAGUCUGCGCUGGAGUCCCGGAGCGCGGAACCAAGGCAGGGAGGCCCGCGCGCUCCUCUUGCUGCUGGCGGAGCGUUUCCCGCGCCGCGCGGGGCCAGGCCGAUGGGGAUCUGUGACCACAGGAGAGCGGCCGCGACGGGACGACCCUCCGCUGUCCAUUGACCUCACCUUCCAUAUCCUGCGGACCCUGCUGGAGGAGGCACGGACGCAGAGAGAGCGCGAGCGCGCAGAGCAGAACCGCGUCAUACUCGACUCGGUGGGCAAGUGAUCGGCGGGGUCUGGGGCGCGGAAAACCUCGACCCUCACCCCCAACCCGGAGCUGGGACCUGCGCAACUGGAACUGACCCAGUCCCGCGGGGCUAGAGCUGCCCAGGGAUACCCUGAGCACGCUCUGCGUUACUAGUGUUUAAUAAAAGUUCCGGAGAGCCUUUGGUCUCUGUUGUGGGGGCGCCGGGAACUUUCCACAGCAGGGUGGGAACCCCUAGGAAUGUGGGGCCUCCUAGGUCGGUGGGAGGGAACCAGUGCUGCAGGAGGAGCACCCUGGAGAGUGGCGUUCAGCCAGGGUCCUGUGUCC